GACAUGACAUCUGUGGUGUCCCUUGAAAAUGCAACACUCAUUCACCCCCCUCUAUUUUACAUCAAUGGAUUGUACAACAUACCGUAUGCAAAGUAUUACUAUAUGUUUUUAUGCUUUGUGUAUACUGUGACUAUUUUAGGGAAUUUUCUGAUAAUGGGUACUAUAUACCUGGCACAUGCUCUACACACAGCAAAGUAUAUAGCUGUUUUCAACUUGGCCUUGUCUGAUCUGUGUGGAAGCUCUUCUAUUAUUCCUAAGUAUGCAGACAUGUUUCUGCUUGAGAACCAGUACAUAUCUUAUGAAGAAUGUCUGACAAGCAUGUUUUUUGUUUUUCUUUUUAUGACCAUGCAGUCCUUUACUCUGCUUGCUUUGUCCUUUGACAGAGUAAUUGCUAUAUGUUUUCCUCUGAGGUAUCAUGCUAUUGUCACCAAAACCACAAUGACUCUGAUCAUUGGUGUUAUGUGGAUUUUCUCUGUAUCUCUCAUCACCAUCCUUGUAGCUCUGAUUACCAGACUGUCCUUCUGUAGAUCUAUCACAAUUGACAGCUAUUUCUGUGAUCAUGGUCCCACCUACAGACUAGCCUGUAAUGAUACUUUUCCUAACAUCAUAAUGGCCUAUGUCUACUCUGCUGUUGUGUUUUUCAUUCCGUUGAUGCUAAUAGCUCUCUCAUAUGUUUGUAUUGGUUUUGCUCUGUGUAAGAUCUCACAUGGGGCUGAGCGAAUCAAAGCUAUGAAAACCUGCACUUCCCACCUCACUUUAGUGGCCAUGUUUUAUCUACCAAUCUUCAGUGUUUAUAUUACUGCUCGUGCAACAUACAUACAUCCAAAUGCUAGAAUAAUCAACUCUAUCCUAACACAAACAAUUCCACCCAUGUUAAACCCCAUCAUAUAUACUCUGAAGACAGAGGAGGUCCUGCAGUCUAUUAAAGUACUUUACAAACGAAUCAAGGUGAACUUUGCAAUGGAAGAUCCUGUGAAAAACAUUGCAAAGAAUUAA